CAGUGAGAACAAACAAGCAGCUGCUGCCGGCUAAAGCGCUGGAAUUGAUUUCAUUGUUCUUGUUUUGCUGUGCAUCAUAUCAUGCGAUAUGAGAACAAGAACAAGGGUUGAUCCGAUUUUUUUGGGGAGAUCUCGGCUGAUCCAACUCUGUUGUGGCAAAGGAAACAAAUAAACAAGGGUUGAUGAAAAACAGCUUGCUUGCCGUUGGUCGUUGCUAACCUUGGUUGCGUUUGCGAUCGCAGGAGUUGCAGUUUGACACUGCAGCCUCUGCCUCCUCGUCAGCCAUCGGAACUCGGAAGAAGAAUCCAUGGAGACCCCAGCAGAUAUCAGUCACCCGUCAACCGCCCUCUCCUCAUUAACUCCCACCCCACCCGUAGCGACUUCUCGUGCUUUCCCUAUUUAUAUUUGCAAGAUUGCAUCCUCCCAAUCCCAGGCGCCCGAAUCCACCAAUCCAUCUAUCCCAAUGGCCUCCUCCGCCGCCGGCAUCCUCCCCACGCACAUCGCCCCCUCCUCAACCUCCUCCAAGCCCCCACCCACCAAGGACCCUCGCCGCCGGCGCUGCCUCUGCGUCUGCCUCCUCGUCACCCUCGCCGUCCUGCUCGCGCUCGCCAUCACCCUCCUGGUCCUCUUCCUCACCGUCCUCAAGGUCCGGAACCCCACCACCCGCCUCGUCUCCACGCGCCUGGCGGGGGUCGCCCCGCGCCUCACCUUCCCGGCCAUGUCCGUCCAGCUCAACGUCACGCUGCUGCUCACCGUGGCCGUGCACAACCCGAAUCCGGCCUCCUUCGCCUACGACACCGGGGGCCACACCGACCUGACCUACCGCGGCGCGCACGUGGGAGACGCCGAGAUCGACCCGGGCCUCAUCCCCAGCAAGGGCGACGGUGAGGUCAAGCUGGCGCUCACGGUGCAGGCGGACCGGCUCGCGGCCGACAUGGCGCAGCUGGUGGCGGACGUGGAGAGCGGGUCGGUGGCCAUGGAGGCCAGCACCAGGAUCCCCGGGAGGGUCACCAUCCUAGGGAUCUUCAAGAGGCACGCCGUGGCAUACUCCGACUGCAGCUUCGUCUUCGGCGUCGCGGAGAUGGCGGUGCGCAGCCAGCAGUGCCACGACAGAACCAAGCUAUGAUGAUCCAUCCGUCGUACUCGUAGGAAGGAAGCAUCUGGUUGCCUGCUUGAGAUCUGCCCGUGACUCCCGGUGUGGUGCGGGUUCACGUCACGUCACGUCACGUGUUGGGGUUGGUUUGCGGGUCGUGCUUGCCCGUCGCCGUCGGCAGCGCCCACGCAGCCCUCUCAUGGCGUCGCCUCGGCAUCAUACUCUUCGUCUCAUCACCACGUUAGAGAGAUAGAUGUAUCUGUAUGUAUGAUUCUGGGUUUGAUCAUUGCUUGCUUGGGUACAUAAACGCAAUAGGUUGAAUGGAUGGAUGUGCAGGUGCUUGCGCUUUUUGUUUAGACUACUUUGCUUAGAGAUGAGAUGAUGGUGAUGUUCUUAUUCCUAGCUUCAUACCUGACCUAUACAUGCACUAUAAGAAAGUGGGGACUUUUCGAAUCCCAUACAUCGUG